CGUGAGGGUGUCGAGGGCCUUGAAUCGCUCCAUUUUGGAAAGAAGAGGCGGCGGUAGGUGGGUGUUUAACACGCUCGCAUCGAUCUCUUGGUAGCAUCGCACACACACAAAGGAGACCUGGUCGUUGUUAAUGCACUCGGCGGCGUGCGAGACAAAGCACGGCGUGCAGGUGAAGUAUCGGCACUUGGCACAAUGGAUCGUGCUGUCGGUGAGUUUGGCGCAAUCCAUGCAUUUCACAGUCGGCGACUUGCAUGGACGUGGUUCCUUUGGACGCUGGUGUGAUGAAACAGUGUCGUGCGACGAAGUGCUGGAAUCACGAUCGUUGUGCCGGGCAAACGACACAUCCGGCGUGACCUGCAGGAUACGCCACAGCACUACAAGCGUCAGCGAUGGGAGUUGCAGAGCCAAUUGCACGAGCCAUGCCAUGAAUUGAAGGCUGGCGCGAACGGGAUGCGCCAUGUCGAUGGACGACAACUGCGGUGGCAAUGGCCUCUCGGUAAAGAAGACUGAGGAGCGAACGAUGGUCAAGGCUGCAGAGAGCGCUCGGACAGCGUACACAAGGAUGACGCGGCAGUAAUACCCCACGUACACCACAAGACCGAGACCAACAACCGUCGCCGCCACCGCCAAUUCGAUCAUCGGCAACAUUCGUUGUCUGGUGAAAUGACCGACACUCUGCUUCAAAACUGCACGAUUGAGCCGUUAGACGACCUACAUUCCGCCCUGCUCGCGUAUCAUUGUGGUGGGUUUGCGCGGGCGAGGGCAGGUCAUGCGAGGAUGGGCUGCGAAGAGCUCUGCAUGGCAUAUCCCCGCGCUCUCUCACGUACAACCAACGCGGUCUGCCGGCGUUGUAGC